AUGGAUGCUCCUGCUCGGCUCAAACAGCUUACUGGGGAUAGCGCUGCUGUUAUGAGGGUCCUGGAGAUGGCCCAAGUGUUCGCCCGGGGGGACACCGUGUCUACUGCUGCGUUGAAGAAGGCAGAGUCGGACAAGAAGACUGCCAAGGACAAGCUGGACAAGAUGGGAGCUGCUCGGGAAAAGUUGAAGACGAGGGUCGAGAAUGCCCUGAAGAAAAAGGAUGAGGAGCUGGAAGCGGGGAAGAAAAAGCCUGCUGAUCUCGAGGCAACCUGGGCGCCGACGGCGGAGGAGUCUGAGGAUACAGCCGGAUUGAAGUGCAGGGCUGAGCUUGUGGAGAAGAUCGAUUCCCUUAAACUCGACUGUGUUGAGAUGGCUGAAGCCGGGUUCAACCGAGCAAUUGAGCAACUGAAGCUUUUGAACCCGGAGUUGAAGGUAGACAACAUCGAGCUCUCGUCGAGGAUCGUGGACGGAUAA